UGUAAGGUCCUGUGUGACAGUCAAACCACACAUAAUGUAAAUAAGCGAUCUCAUGUACCUUAAACCUGUGUUUAAAUAUCACACCAGUGACGUAACGUUAAUCGUGACCCAUUACCUUACUAAAAAAAGUCAACACAAAAACAUGUUUCCUAAUGUGAUCGGAAAUAACUAGCAUUUACCUGUUCGUUAAAUGAUUAUAUUACCGAUCAAGAUGAACCACUAUGUGUAUGCGAUUUUGUUGAUUGUUUUUUAUGUGUUAUGUGUGGAAAUAUCAAGUAUUUACGGGAAAACAGUGCCCACUGUGCCAUCAAAACCAUUCAAACGAGGUUUAAGCCUAAAACCAGAACAUGCCGAAACGUUGAACAUAAAAUGCACAGAUUGCAUAUACAGAGAUAAAACUGAUAUUAAAAUUGGACAUAUACAUGCACAUACUAAACAUAAUGGAAGGAAAAAACAUCAUCACAGACGAAGAAAUCGUAGGAAAAACAAUAAAAGAAGUCAACACAGAAACAGCCAUAACCUAAGCCCAAAUCGUCAUAUGACAAGUUCCAACAUGGCAGCCUCUGAUCCUUCAGCUCAUCACGUGAUCUAUCCAUCCAAUCAUCAACAAGAUUUUCCUCAGUUGCCAGCUGCUGUUGCGCGAUUGGAGAGAAGAUUGCACCCAUCCUUGUCAGGAUCUAUAAGUAAACUGAAAGAGACACUUACAAAGAUUCUUCAGAAGAUGAAACGAAAGUUGAACGAGAUGCAUUUUGAACGUCGAGACUCGCAAGUAUCAGUUAAAGACAGUAUGAUGAAAGUCCGGGAGGAGUUACAACACAUCACCCAGGAAAACAACAGGGCAUAUGAUGCCAUUCUCGAUGUAUCACAGCUGACCAGAAUGGUUCUACUGAAACAGAAACAACAAGGAGCCCCAGCGCCUCUCCAUCACGUGAAGAAACCCGCCUGGAUAAAGAAAAGCUAUUGGAACCAUGGGAAAAUGGAUAACGUCAAAAACGAAAGUUAUCUAGUGAAUAGUACCUAUUUAAAGAUCAUGAGAAUGAAAACCAACUUUGUUCAACAAGAUGCCCGGAUGGUGCAGUUGAAUGACGCCAUGAAGGAUGGUUUGUCUGAUCUAGAGCGACUAAGAGAUCUUAAAAUACAUGCUCGACGUGUCCUUAUGGAUCUUUAUGUGGGGAUAGAGAACAAGGUCAUCCAAAAGAAAGUAGAGAGAUACAGGCAAUUUGAGACUGGUAUCAGAAGGUAUAUAAAUGAAUCUCAGGCUUUAGCAAAAUCUGCAUACAUGGACCUUAGAUUUGCCCAGCGGACAUUCAUGGAUAAUAAAGAUCUGAGUAAAAGUAUAGAACAAGGACGAGAAGGAAAAAAUCAGACUUCUGGGAUACGUGUAAACACUCAAGGCAGGAGUACGGACAUUAGAACACUGGUCAACUUGGCCUACUCUAGGUCAAGAAAUUUACAGAAAUCUGAGGAAUUUCUACACAGAACAGUUAUACCUGUACUGUUAAAAGCCCGAAACAUUACACACGGAGAUGGAACAUUGCUUAUAAUGGUUGAGACGCGAAAGAUUGGCGCAAGACUAAAAUCUUACAUACUGAAAAUAGACAGAGUGCUUGAUCAUCUCAGAAAAGCAUUGGGCGAUGAAGACAUUAUUGAAGAGCGUUGUCAUAACCUUCUUGCAUUAAAAGAAUAUGAUAAAAAGACCAGUGUGAUUGAUUGUACUUCAUAUAUUGCUGAAAGCAAUGUUGAAAGUGGCAGUGGUUCUGGUGAGAUAGAACUCAUUGAACCUGAUUCCUCCCCAGUACCAUCUGUUCUGCCUCACAAGAACGGUACCUCGGACACAGUGACAGUCUCCACAGAUGAUUUCAUUUUUAUUGAUGAUGAUAAUAUUACAAUCAAGCCGGUAAAACCAGAAACAACUACCCUCAGUCCAGCAACCACUUCUUCAACUACCUCUUCUCCAACAACUGAAAGGUCAGGAGGUUUCUUUUUUAAUAUCUUCGGGAGAAAAACUACGGCAUCCCCAACAACAAGUAAAAGUAUUACAACUGCCACAACUACACCUUUAUCAACUUCUCAAUUGACAAGUACAACAAAAACUACCUCUUUAACAGUCACUACAUCGACUACAGUGAAACCUACAAUCAUCACAAUAAAACCAUCUCCAAAAACAACUACAAGUCCUUCGACCACAACUACAACAACCCCAACUCCUUCAACAACAACUACCACUACUCCUUCAACCACAACUCCUACAACCACAACAACUACCACUACUCCUUCAACAACAACUACCACAACACCUUCAACCACAAGUACCACUACUUCAACCACAACUACCACAAUACCUUCAACCACAACUACCACUACUCCUUCAACCACAACAAGUACAACUCAAUCAACUACAACAACUUCAAGUACAACUUCCUCAACAACAACAGCGAGUGCAACACCAUCGUCAAAAACCUCCAUAAGUAUGUCCCCUAAAACAACAACAUCUGAUUUGCUUGACACAUCAGGAAGUGGUAGUGGUGAGGUUGAUGAUACAGAGCCUGAGGAAGAACUGCAGCCUACAAAAUCACUACCAACAGCUACUGAAACUAUUCUAAUUGAUGGAAAUGGUAAAAGUGACAUUUUUAUUGAAAGACCUAAAAAAGAGAUCAUUUCGACCACCACAAAAAUACCUACCACAACAGAAUCAUCUUCAUGGUGGGACUGGGGAUUAGAUGACCCAAAGGCUGGAUUUCCAAACAGAUUUAGGGACAAAUUGGCUGAAAAAGCACAAGUUUAUAAAUCAAAAACUGUUGAUUUGUUUGAAAACUCAACAAAACUUCGGAAGCGAAUAGAAGAGAUUAAUCAGAGAAACGCAGUUUUUGUUUUGCGAAAGAACAAUAUGGAAUCAUUUGUAUCCAAUCUAACAGAAGUCUCAAAGCUUUGGAAUGGGACCAAAGUCAUUAUUGGCAAAUUCAAACCUAGAAUUCAAAAAAUGUCUGAUGUAUUUUUAAGUAAAGUUGAAUUGAUUCUGAAUAAAUCCAAAGGAUUCAGUAAAAUUGCAAAAGAAAAGCUAGCAGAGUAUGAGGGAGCUUCAGCAAUCUCGAAGAAUGAUAAAUCCCGAAAGACCGCAGAGACUCUCACUGAUUUAUUGACAAAAGUGGCAGAAAUUAAGAAAAACAGACAGGACAUUAGAACAAUUUUGAGCACCCAUGCCGAUCCGUGUUCAAAAAUACAAACUAGUACCGCAAAACUGAGGAAUAAUAUAGCCGAAUUAAGAAAAAAGAUACAGCAGGCCAAGCGAAUUUCCAGUGCUAUGCCGGCUUCCUUAUCAAUGGAUGGAAAAGACUCGUUAUCUCUUACUGUCACUUCCUCUCCUCUUUACAAAUCACCUCUAUCUACUUUUGGAUUCUGUAUCAAACCGGAGAAGAGUUCCAUGGCUAUAGCAACUUUACAUAAUCCAUCAUCGGCCAAUUGGGUAGUGGAACUAGAAGAAAGAAAGCCAAAAAUAACUUUCUUUGAUUCCGAUGGAAACAAAAAAGGGCAGCUGAAGUCCCAGACAGAAGUCGAGCUUGGAAAAUGGGUCGACUUGAAAAUUUUUAGGUUUGGUAGUUCCAUCUUGUUAAACAGGACUGAUCUAGAGACGUCUACAUACAAGUUAGAAGCGAAAGCGAUUCCUGGGCUUUCUGUGGUUAUAGAACCACCUAAGUCGGCGACUGUAGGAUUUGCAGAGACUAAAGAUAAUUUUACCGGCUGCAUCGCAGAAGUGACCUUGAAUGAUGAGAGAAUGGGGUUACUUGCCUCGAGAAUAAAAAAGAAACACUGUACAAGCAACUGCUUGAAUACGAACAAUGCAGCUGCCAUGGUGUUUGAUGGAACCAGCUUUGUUAGAUUCUCAGUAGAUAUGAUCUAUCAGCUCUAUCCAUUCAAAGAAAUGGGCUUCCAGUAUAAGACAUACCAAGACAACGGCAUUUUAUUGCUUCUCAACGAUCGCCUACAGGGCUUACAAGUUUUAGUAUCCAUUAUGGACUGUAGAUUACACGUGGAGGCGCGGAUCAAUAGGGGCACGACUGUCGUUCGUAGCACUUCUGCGGAGUACUGUAAUGGCACGCAGCGGUUUGUAAAGUUAAUAUUUGGGAAAAAGAUAGAAAUAAAGACGAGUAACCCGGACGAGGUAUUUCUCCCAGAAUCCAGCACACAGGAAAUUACACCAUCCAUAGAUGACGGACUCUACCUGGGAGGUCUAGGAUCGCAGAAUAAAAUGAUAUCCGGGAAAAAUAAACUGAGAUCUAUUGUUGGUUGCAUCUCCAAUAUGCAAAUACAAAACAAGUUAUUUCCUUUUUAUAUGGCUGAAAGCAGUAGAAAUGUGCAUGUUGGAAACUGUGAUUAUAAUGCAUGGUUUAAGUGUGUUCGAUUUGAUGAUAAUAGUCAACCGGUUGUACUUGAUAAAGGAAGGGAUGCUAAAAUUGUGUCUUUUGCCAUCACUCGUGAUUCAGUGGGAAGAGUUCUCAACUAUAAAACAAAGCACUUCGAUAUAGAUAUCUUAGUGGAUGGAAAGGGCAUUGAAGUUGUGGACAACAAAGAGGAAGAACUUCAUGAUCUUCCAUUUCCCACUGACCACGACAACCAUUGGAUGAUUCUGACCAUUACCGAUAAAAAUAAAAGGGUAACCGUAAACCUCAACGGUAGUUCAGUUUAUGUCGAAUACAGUCUUGGAUGGUUUGUUGGUGGAAACACACACACGUCAGAGUAUACUGUUACUGUUGGAGCUUCAGGGGACGGAUCUCAAAGUUUUGUUGGUGGAAUAACUCGCUUGAUAAUUGAUGACAGGGAGACCCCACUUGAUGAUUAUAGAAGUUCCCAUCACCUGCAGAGCUGCAGACGACCGUUAGUGGAAUCUCUGGACAUAGCAGACAUGUCAGAAAAACCAGUCUGCUGACGAACUCUGUUAAUCAUUUGUUUACCGGUGUCUGUCAGGAUGCAAAAUCAAAUUACGUCACGAUGAAGGUUCGACAUGUUUGUUCAAGGCCCUGACAUAUAUUUUGUACGUCCUUGCAUUUAUCCUUCAAAACAAUUUCUGUGUUCAUAAGUAUGCAUUUUAACUUUUAAUAUGAUGUAAAAUUUCAGAGAAGACAAUUCGAACAAAAUUAAUCUAAACGUUUAAAAGCUAAGUAUAAUGUUACACCAGCUUGCAUUUUGCACGUUAUAUAUUUAAUUAUUUUAGCAUGUAUGUUGUCAGUAUGUGUACUGUAGCUCACUACGACCGCAUAAUUGACUCACUGUUAAACUCAAGCUAAAAACAGUUGCUUCCACUCCAAAACUUUAAAAUGCAAAAGUCUCACAGACACUUCUUUCUGUAGUAAAUUUUUACCAUAAAGUAUAUUGAUAACAAUUAUUAUCCUGUGGGGUAAAAAGUUAUUACAGAAACAAAUGCCUGUGGAAUGUAUGAUGCCUUCAGUCCUUCAGAAAUAAUACAUUAUUGAAAUAUUUUUAAGGUUAUAUUGAAUUGAUAGCUCAGUGCAUAUAUCUGGAAAGUCAUUACAGCAAGUUCUGUAGCUUGAAUGUUUAAAAACUUUCAUGCAUAACAUUUUCUGUGAUGCAUGCUUAGUUUCGAGGGAAAAAAAAUUACGUGCAUUCUCGUCAGAAAAUAUUAGUUUGUGUAACCGAACUCACAGGAACAGCAUAAAAUUAUAGUUAUUGGUCAAGUUUCUGUAUAAAGAUCAUGUCACCACCUGUCUACAGACUCGUUUAUAAGUUGCACAGUUUUACCAAGAACACACUUCUGAGUCAAACACUCCUAGCAAAGUAUUCCACUUGUAUGUUUGACAUAUAUUUUUCAAUUUUGCUCAAUAUUCAUAAUAAAUGUGUUCAUAUGAAA